AUGGCAGCAACGGUGGCUCCAAAGAAAAAAGACACCACGCCGGUGACUUUAGGGAUGGAGGAUAACAAUGAUGAGUGGGUAAUAUUUCUUGAUAUUGUUAUACUCUUAUCUCUUCAACUAUCUUCAAUCGUUCGCUUCAAUGUCUCCAGUAGAUUUCAUUAUCUUCAAUCGAUUGAAGUGAAAGAUGCCUAUAUUUUCGAAGUUGAUUUGUUAGGGUUCGUUCACAUCCCUGUGGAGGAGACCGUGAUCUCCUCUUCAUUCCACGAUCCCCACUUCUACUCUCUAUACAUCUCAGAAACUGAGGAUUGGUUCAUUGAUUCCCGUGAGGAAUGGAGAAAAGCCAAACACCUUGAUAAGUUUAUUUUUCUUGGGCAUUCUUUUGGAGGAUAUGUUGUAUCUAAAUAUGCCUUGAAGCAUCCUGAGCAUGUACAACAUCUUGUUUUGGUGGGACCUGCUGGAUUUACCUCAGAAGUUGACCAUAAAUUAGAAUGGCUUACAAAAUCCAGGGCGACAUGGAAAAGAGCUGUUAUGAGCCAUUUAUGGGAAUCUAAUUUUACUCCUAUGAAAGUACCCAGCCUUGAUGUGUGGAGUUUUAUGAUGGAGCUCAUGAUACACAAAGUUACUGCCUUGUCCAUACAUAAGCCUACGAGUGCCAUGAUGCAUCAUGUUGGACAUAGAUUUCAUGAAGUGUUUCAGAUGAAAUAUGGUGACUAUUCUGAUCUUCCUGCAGCAAAAAUCUCAGAGUUGAUGAAAUCUAACAGUUUGGAUAUUGCCCCAUACACAGUCGCUUCUAAGAAUAGUAAAUGGGACUCUAGACGAAAGCAUCAGCAGGAUGAGUAG